GCGGCGGUGUGAAUGGAUUUGGGAUCUCGCGAUAGUUGGGGCUUAGAGUUCCAGUCGAAAAUGGCGCCCGUUGUGACGGGGAAGUUUGGUGAGCGAGCUCCACCGCAGCGCCUAACACGAGAGGCUAUGAGAAACUACCUGAAGGAGAGGGGAGACCAGACCUUACUCAUACUACACGCUAAAGUCGCACAGAAGUCUUACGGCAAUGAGAAGAGGUUUUUCUGCCCCCCUCCCUGUAUCUAUCUGAUGGGCUGUGGCUGGAAGAAGAAGAGCGAGGAGAUGGAGAGAGAAGGCUGUUCAGAGCAGGAGGCUCAGCCCUGUGCCUUUAUAGGGAUAGGAAACAGUGACCAGGAGAUGCAGCAGCUCAACAUAGAGGGGAAGGACUUCUGCACCGCUAAGACUCUAUACAUCAGUGACAGUGACAAGAGGAAACACUUCAUGCUGUCAGUCAAGAUGUUCUAUGGUAACAGUACAGACAUCGGCGUCUUCCUUAGUAAGAGGAUCAAAGUUAUCUCUAAACCUUCCAAGAAGAAACAGUCUCUGAAGAACGCUGACCUGUGUAUAGCGUCAGGGACCAAGGUUGCGUUGUUUAACCGGUUGCGUUCUCAGACCGUCAGUACCCGUUAUCUACACGUGGAGGGAGGGAACUUCCAUGCCAGUUCACAACAGUGGGGAGCCUUCUACAUACACCUCUUGGAGGAGGAAGAGCCAGAAGGGGAGGAGUUUGCAGUGAGGGAUGGAUACAUCCACUACGGUCAGACUGUCAAACUGGUCUGUUCUGUCACUGGUAUGGCACUGCCUAGACUGGUGAUCCGUAAGGUGGACAAGCAGACAGCGUUGAUGGAUGCAGACGACCCCGUGUCUCAGCUCCAUAAGUGUUCCUUCUACCUGAAAGACACCGAGAGAAUGUACCUCUGUCUCUCCCAGGAGAGAAUCAUUCAGUUCCAGGCCACGCCCUGCCCCAAAGAGCCCAGUAAGGAGAUGAUAAAUGAUGGAGCGUCCUGGACCAUCAUCAGUACCGACAAGGCAGAGUACACCUUCUACCAGGGGAUGGGUCCUGUACCCUGUCCUGUUACACCGGUUCCUGUGGUGGAGAGUCUGCAGUUGAAUGGUGGAGGUGAUGUGGCCAUGUUGGAGCUGACAGGACAGAACUUCGCUCCAGAUCUCAGAGUCUGGUUUGGAGAUAUAGAGGCUGACACUAUGUACAGGUGUGGAGAGAGCGUGCUCUGCGUGGUGCCUGACAUCUCUGCCUUCAGAGAGGGGUGGCGCUGGGUCCGUCAGCCCGUCCAGGUCCCCGUCACCUUGGUCCGCAACGACGGAGUCAUCUACUCCACCGCCCUCACCUUCACCUAUACCCCGGAACCAGGCCCUCGUCUUCACUGCAGCGCUGCCGGGGCCAUCCUCCAGACCCACAGUCACAGUAUCUCCUCUUUGUCCUCACCUUCCUCUUCCUCAGGGAGUCUGGGGAUGGGAGGUUCAGGGGGGUUGGUGGAAGGACAGGCGGACUACGGGAUUGGCCAAGGGGGAGGGUCAACCAAUAGCGUUGGGUUGUCGUCGGGUUCGUCGGUGAUGUCAGUUUCGUCAUAGCAGCAGGGAAGUGUGUGUGUGUGGGGGGGGGGGGGGGGGGGUGAGAGGCUCAUGGACCUGCUUUGGAACCACACACGCUCGCUCAAGGACUCUUUGGAAAGAGAGCGAUUGAGGAGGGGAAGGGGAGAAGAGAGAUGAGGUUCUGAUGAAAGACAGACCUGGAUGGAGGGGAACCCCCCUCUCUGGUGCCCCCGUGUGGUCGUUUGUGGACAUGACACUGCAGCCUGGGUCAUUCAGUCUGGGAGACGUUUCACCUCAAGGAUGACAAUAACCAGGAGCCCUUUUUAAUACAUUUGUUGGAGAACAGCUUCUUUUUUUUUUAUUAACACUCUUUCUACAAAGUUUAGAUUAUUUUUUGACCACAACAAAGGUCUUGGUAAUGAUGGAAGUAUCACUCGUGUGCUGAGAAACUUCAUUAUUGUUUAUGGGGAAACGUUUAUUAUAGUUACAAUUUUUACGGACCAAGGAAUAAUAUUAUUAUUAUAGUAUUUUAUUCUUUAUGAUAUUUUAUAAGCUUUAGCCGAGGUACAUUUUCAAAUGUUUUUUCUAUAUUAUAACACUUUUUGUUACCAAAUAGUUUAUUUUUUAUUUGAGAGUGAUAACUCUGAGGAGAUUGAGUUACGUGAUUCAGGCUGCGUCUCAAUCGUCUAAACUGGAUUCCUCCCUUAUUAGUGUGAAAGAGUGAAGCAACCUCUGGGUGCUUGUGCAAGUCUUAAAGCCUAGAAAAGGUCAGGGUUGUAAGUUAUCUGAAUAGGGCGAGAGUUGAACAAGUGAAAGCAAACUCGCAGUAGGUUAUCUCUAUCUACCCCAUCUCUUUUCACCUUCUCUGUCCUGUCCAGAUUACGGAGAGGAAAUUAGGCUCGGGGUAAAGGGAGGAGGGAAGCCAUUUUUAGACGGUUGAUGCACCCCAUAAUCUCAGCCAGUUUCUACAGCAACCUUAUCUUCCUGGCCAAUCGCCUUAAAUCGAUCAGUCUCUCACCAGACCUUUUAGAAGAAAAUAAAAAAGAUGUACUUUUUUUAUUUUCCUUUCUAUGUUGUGUGUGUGUAUAAGGUUGUCGUUUUCUGAAACUGUCCUAAAAGAGUGUUUGGUCGACACUCGUUAAAGCCAAGGCCUGGGAAUGUCAAAUCAUGUCAUUGGUCUGUCUCAAAUGACACCCGGUUUCCUAAAUAGUGCACUACUUUUGACCAGGGCCCCCUAUGGGGGGAUCCUAAAUAGUGCACUACUUUUGACCAGGGCCCUCCUAUGGGGGGAUCCUAAAUAGUGCACUACUUUUGACCAGGGCCCUCCUAUGGGGGGAUCCUAAAUAGUGCACUACUUUUGACCAGGGCCCUCCUAUGGGGGGAUCCUAAAUAGGGAUUGGAGUGCCAUUUGGGAUGCAGGAGUUGUUUUUUACACUACCGUUCGGGCUCAGUCCCAAAUCGGCUCCUAGCACCUUGCCACCAGUAGACGUUUGUGUAAAUCUGAGAGGAUUGGACAAGAAUUAACAAUAUGUUAAUCACCCUUCUAGACUUGGGAUAAUUCAUGCCAUUUUGAUUACUUAGCGCAUACUAUCUAGGGGUCAUUUGCUUACCUAGUGCACAAUAUCUAGGGGUCAUUUGCUUACCUAGUACACACUAUCUAGGUGCUAGGGAUUGGUUUGGGACUGGGCCAGAAGUCUUUUUUUUUUAAACAAAGAGCUUUAAAAAAUGCCACUACUGCCUUUUAGCUUGUAACACUUCCAACCAGCUCCCCUUCUUAUCUAAUGAAGCCGUAGCAUCAAACACAAAUCAUAUGCGUCGCUAAGCUAAUAGCCCACUACACUGUACAUUUAAUUAGCUAAAGCUUCAUUGGAAUUCAAUUGGCUAAGCUAAUGGCUAAUGCUACAAUGUAAUUAUAUGAGUGAAGCUAAGCUGAAGCUAAUGCUACUAUGUAGUUUUAUUAGUGAAGCUAAGCUACAAUGUAAUUCUAGUAGUGAAGCUAAUGCUAAUAUGUAAUUAAUGUCACUUGGCUACAGCUAAACUGAAUUGAAAAUCACGUUGCCUUUAAAAACCACUCCUUAGCAAGAGACUGUUUUCUGUCUCACCACUGUGUCUUCUCACAAAGUAGCCUUUUUGUAGCUAAAGUGUUUCACACGUCACGUUUUAGGUCAGAUAGCUAGCCUACCAGUUGGGUGUUUUUUUUAAAUUUUGUUCAUCAUGAGGGAAUAAUUUUCUAUGUUCAGCACACAACUACAAUGUUUCCCACUGUAGAAAACGUUUAUUGAAAUGAUCGCCAAAAUGUGUGUCCCAAUAUCUUGGGGUCUGGUCGGUGGACCUGUCACCUGUUGCUACCUGUCAGUCAUUGGUGCUGUACUACAUUGAAAGGGAUGGUUGCUCUGUUACAACACAUACUGUAAAGUAACCGGGUCUAACUGAUUGAUUUUGUUUGAGUUGUAACAGUUUAUUUUUUAUUUUUACCGAUAUUCGUCUUGUAUCAAUUCUCAUAGUGCUAUUGUUUUUUUUAGUGUUAUUCAUUGAUAAAAACCCUGUGAAAGUUAUUAGUUGGCCACCGGUUCUCAAAUACAGGUCACCAGUUUUUUUUGCUUUCUUGGAAGAAAUUCUCUUUGUUCUGCUCUGCUUUAAUUGUGGUGCCUUGCCCCUUUAACAAGUAAGAGGAACAAUAUGACUGUUCUCAAAUCUGUGGUCCCUAAUCAAACCCCCCUAACCCAGUAUAAGCUACACAACUACAAACUGGCCUGGGAUAAUUUCUUACAUGAUUUUUUCCCCUCCUUCAUAUUGCUGGUGUCCUCCUGGGUCGUAUUCACUAGGAAACUAAACGGAAUCAAACUCUACAGGCAACUACCUGAACUUGUCUAAAUAAGAAACGCUUGUUUUCGUUUUUCCCCCGUUGCAAAACAUUCUGCGUGAUUUGCACUAAUGAAUACGACCCUGGCCCAAAACCACCUUUUCCUCCCUUCCCUGUUACAGCUAAACCACUCGUAUUGCCUUAGCUUAGCCCAUGGAGUGAGCCGUCACUGGUUCUGGUGGGCCGUAGUGGGAAUGCAGGAUUUUGUUCCAGCUCUAACAUACCUAAUUGAAUCUAGCCUAAUCAUGGUCAACAAAUCAAUUCAAGACCAGGAGUAGUGGAUUCAUUUUCAGUUGUGUUAGAGCUGGGUCGGGACAAAGAAACCUGCACACGCAACUCUUAAGACUGAGAGUUGUUUACCUCAGCCUUAUCUAUAGUGUAGAUGAACCUAACGCAGAAAUAGCACCACCCUGUGGUUCUCUGGGUGUAUGACACUGAUCUGCUGCCUAAUUCACACUAAAUGGAGGCUUAACUAGUCCAGUACAGCUCGGGGUUUGGCCCUAUAGUUGUGAAUCAAGUGUUUUGCUUUCCUGAGAACUGCAACGAUAACCGAUCCUCUGUUUAACAUGCCAAAUGAAUCAACGUUUCCCUUGUUUUAACUUAGUGUCUGCAAUCUGAACUGGGACCCUAUUCCAUAUAUAGGUCACUACCUACAGAGCCUGAUCAAACGUAUCACUAUGUAGGGAAAUAGGUUGCCAGUUCAGAUAAAGACAGUGGUUUCAUGCUUUUGGACCUCUUGACAGGCAGCUUUAAAAAAAAACACAUAUAGAAGGCUAAAUUAAAUGCAUUGAGUUUGUUUUUUUAAACAUUUUCUCUGAAUAAAAUGUCUGUAUGCCUUCAGCUCUCUUGGUUGAGAGGGUCACUCUCUAAAAGGAAGGUCUGACAGCAUUGGCAAAAGAAAAGGUCAAGAAAUAAAAAGUUGGGAGUUG